AUGAGCGAACCCAGUCCUCACGCCGGGGUUGAGGGAGAUCCGGAGGCAAGCCUGAUGUCACUUGCCCAGAAGGUAUUUGAAGGUGUAAAAAAAGCUGAGCACCUAGAAAGCGAGGCCGCAGAGCAGCGUCAACGACUGAAAGAGCACUACGAAAGCUUGGAAAAUAUGGUAAAAGGAUGCACCGAAUUCGUUGCCUUUAGGGUUCCACGACAAUUCGAGAAGCGGUAUGCAUGUCUCUGGAAGCUUGGUAUGAUGCGCAACCGUUGCUUGUUGCUCGAGCACGACCUGAACAGCACAGAGCGCAUAAAUCUUGGCCAUUCCCUUGGGAUUGAAACUGAGACUUUCUGCAAGUUGCUCUGCGUCUCGGAAGACGAGCUGGCAGAGUUGGUUGGGCCAAAAGGUGACGGAAACAAAGAUGGCAUGAAGGCGGAGAGAGCGACCUCCAUUGGCAGCCCGCCUUUAGGCUCUCAUGAACAGACCUCCCAAGCUGGACAGGACAAUAAGACCGUGGACAAAUCGCAGGUUCUCCCAGCUGGUACCAGUGACGACAAUUCGCAGUGA